UUCUUCUCCUUCGUCUCAUGAAUAUCGUUUCGUUUAUGAGCCGAUGACCUGGGCCGACGCUCAGAGUUACUGCAGGAGGAUGAACUCAGACCUGGCUACCAUAGCAACCAUGGAGGACGUGGAGACACUGAACAAGAUGGCGGUCAUGAACAACAUGGUCUACACUUCUUACAGCUACAGAGCCUGGAUCGGACUGUAUGACGACGUGGACAGCUGGCGCUGGUCCCUGUCGGACUCUGGGUUCUACAGAACCGGGGAGGAUUCGUUCAGGAAGUGGCAGAGCGGAGAGCCGAACAACUGGAUGAGCACCGAGCGCUGCGGCAUGGUGACCGGGGAAGGCCUGUGGCAGGACGGGCCGUGUUCCUCCGCCCGGCGGCCCGUCUGCGCCAACAUCACCGGGCCCGGUGUGAGUUUCGUUCUGGUCCAGUCUGAGAUGAACUGGACGGAGGCCCAGAGCUUCUGCAGGAAGCAGCACUCGGACUUGGCCAGCAUCAGGAACGAGUCCGAGAACCAGCAGGUCCAACAGCUGGUGCCGGCAGGAACCAAAGUCUGGACCGGACUGUACCGAGACGGCUGGAAGUGGUCGGCUGGGAGCCGCUUCUCCUUCAGCUACUGGAAGAGCACCGAGCCCAACAACAACAACGGGAAUGAGAAGUGUGUGUUGGCGACGUUUGACGCUCUGGGGAAAUGGGAGGACUGGCGGUGUGACGUAGAGAAAGCCUUCAUCUGCUCCAGCACUGUUGUUUUUCAGAAGGUUGUGUCUGUGAAGCUGGAGAAAACCUCCGGCGUGGAUCUGAACUCUGCAGCAGUCAUGGAAGAGCUGCUGAGUCAGCUGCUGCUGAAGCUGAAACAAGGACUGAAUGCAGACGUGGAGCUGAGCUGGAGGAAACAGUCGGACGGAAACGUUUUCCACAAACUGAAGGAGAAAAAUCCAACGUCAGUCUGAGAGAAGAAGAUCUGCUGCUUUCUUUAUGAAGUUAAUAAUCUGAUUAUAUAAUGUUCAGGCAUUCAGCAGUUAUAUUUAUUACGUUCCUGUAGAAUUAAUAAAACGUUCAUUCAGGCAUUAAAACAAAGGUAUUUAGUUCCUAGAUAUUGGUUUGUUGUAUUUAUGAUUAAUUUUACUCCUAAUGUAUGAAAAGCAAUAAAGACAAUAAACAUGUGCCUCUGAU